ACUUUCCCCCAAAACAAUCAACAAAACCACGGAACGCACACACACCAAAUCCCUAAUUACUUCCAACGGCGGAACAAUGGAGUGAGAGAAAAAUUAGGGAAGAAAAAAUAAAAAGACAAUCUUGAUGCUUUCCUGCGUUUUUUUCUCCCUUCUGCCCCAAAUAUUCAUUUCAACUGUCUAUUUUAUGCCGAAAUCCUGCUGCUAAUCUGAUUUCGGUUUUCAUUUCGUUUGGGAGGUUUCUCUUCUUUUAAUCGUUUUUGGGUCGGGGUGGGGUGGGGGUUUUGGAUUGUGGCGAGUUAGGGUUUUGUCGGUUCCAGUGGAAUUUGAAGAUUAGUGUUGAAUAUGGGAUUGGGAGAUCGGGAUCUUCUGGACGAUGGCGGUGGGAAGGUGUCGGUGGCCUCGGUUUCGUGCUCCAUUUGCUUGGAUUUGGUAACUGAUAAUGGGGAUAGAUCCUGGGCGAAGCUUCAAUGUGGGCAUAAAUUUCACCUAGAUUGCAUAGGCUCAGCUUUUAAUGUGAAGGGAGCAAUGCAGUGUCCCAACUGUCGGAAAAUUGAGAAAGGACAAUGGUUGUAUGCAAAUGGUAGCCGUCCAGUACCUGAAUUUAGCAUGGACGAUUGGGCGCAUGAGGAUGAUUUGUAUGAUUUCGGCUAUUCAGAAAUGACGUUUGGAGUUCAUUGGUGCCCAUUCAAUGGAGUAACAAGGCUCGCUUCAUCUUUUGACGAAGGGGAGUUUUCGCCCUCUACAUAUCCUGAUCUUAUAGCACAUCAUGCCAUAUUUGGCGGCGAGCACGUCCCGGUGUCAUCUACUUCUCAUCCUUGCCCAUAUGUCGCCUAUUUCGGGCCAAUUCAUCCAUCCUCUUCAGCAUCAAGUGUCAGUGUUUCGGAUGGAUCUAAUUUCAAUACUCACUGGAGCGGCCCGUCAGUUCCUAGUGAAGUCUCCAAUUCCUACGCCUUCCCUUCAGUGGAUGCACACUAUCAUAGCUGGUACCAGUCUUCUCCAUUCGCUACAACCAAUCGUGUCAAUGCUGCAGAACAGUCGAUGCCACCCAUGACUCAGAGACCAACCAGGAACAACUCUGAUAUCACAAGACCUGGAAUUCACCCAUUCAUUCUCGGCCACAGCUCUUCCGGCCGAGCUCCCAGUUCAGUUACCUCAUCAGUGCUUCCCCGCUACCCGGGCACUGCUUCUCGACCCCAUGACCGUUCUCUCCAGCCCCACUUUCAGCAGUCCACUGUCAAUCCAACAGCACGCUCCACAGGCUUAUCCAGCAGAAGAAGAUCUUCGAAUCUCAGGGGUUUGGCUCAAGUUAUCCCUGCUGCAGCAGCUUCACCAGAUCAGCCCAGUGGCUUUCACUUCAUAUCGUCCGGUGGGACGACUGGCAGAGCCUUCCAAGAACCCGAGAACCCCCUCCAUGAGCACUACACUGCUUGGGAUUGGGACCACCAGCCUUCCUCCUACCCCAUCAACCAGGUCAUCGAUAGAGAUCCAAUUUGGGGGCCAAUUCAACCUCCGCCUGUCACCGAUACAGGAAUCAGGCUGGGGAGUCUCCGCCAGAGGCAUGGGGCUGACCGUGCUCCAUCCCAAAACCGUUGAUAGUCGGCGGUGCUGUGUUGUUGCGCUGAAAAAUGAACAAACAAACAAACGGGUGUCGCUACGAACCGUAAACCCGAUCCUCCUAUCUAUAAAUAUGUUGUGUGGAACGAUAUGAUCUCAGUGAUGGAUGGUGUCUGCAUCUCAUGAAACUGUAACUAUUUGGCUGGCUUUGGCCUCAUGCUUUCUUUGCACCCUCUUCCUUUUGGGAAUAAGCAAACUUGAAUGGUGAGAUAAACUUGAACGGUUUUAAAUGGCACAUCGGUGAGAGAGUGUCUUUGUUGUGUGUUUUGGAAGAAGAGAUGUUAUGUUGCGUGUUUUAAGUUA